AUGAAAAUUCUCCAUCUAUUAUAUCCCAUUCUUUGCCUCUUUCUCUUCCUACAACUAUUUCAUGACUGCUACACCCUCAAAGACCUCAAUAAUGGCUCUUCAUAUCAUCCUUUGAUCCAUAGGAAAGCACUGGCCACUAGCAGAAAGUUUGACUUUAAGCCGUUUCUCAAUCGCAUCCGCCACCGGAAACCUCCACCGGAUCUUCACCAGCAGCCGGCCACACCGGGAAACGAGAUCGACCCACGUUAUGGUGUGGAAAAGCGCCGUGUCCCUACUGGACCAAACCCUUUACACCAUUAA